GCUUGCAUGUGGUAGCUAGCUAGUGUGAAACAGGCCAAUUCAAAGUCACGCGAGCAACGCGCGGCCAAUACAAAGCGAGAGAGAGCCCAACUUGCUAUCUGCCAUUUUUGCCAACUUGCUACCUGCCACUUCCAGCGAGCAUGGAGCGAGCGGCUGGUACUGGUAGCGGCGGCGACGAUGACGAGCUCGUGCUGCCGCCGGCGUCGUUUCAGGACGGGCUUCCGUCGUCCCGCUCCUACCCCUCCUGCAUCGGCGGCGGUAGCGCAGCGGCGGCGUCGGCGUCGCUGGAGCGGGAGCUGCUGUACCGCGCGGAGCUGCACCAGCAACAGCUGGGCGGCGGCGGCGGCGUAGAGCGGCGGAAGAGGCGCGCGAUGAAGAACCGCGAGUCGGCGGAGCGGUCGCGCGCGCGGAAGCAGGCGUACCUGCAGGAGCUCGAGCAGGAGGUCCGCCUCCUCCGCGCCGAGAACGCCGCCCUGCGCCACCAGUGCCACCAGCUGAAGGCCGCCGCGGCGGAGGCGGAGGCGGAGGCGGCGGCAGCGGCGGCGGCGGCGAAGAAGCCGACGUCGUCGGCGACGUUCUGAUCGGUGUCAGCAUGCAAGUUUGUUGGGGGUUGUCGGCCGGGCUAUGGAGUGAAAUUUACUCCACUCGUAGAUUAAUCUGCAAGAAUAUUAGAACUCGUAGGUAGGUUUAGCUAGCUAGCUAGCUACCUCAGCAUGGAGAAUAUGAGAGCAAGGACUAGAACUACUAGUCCAUUUUAAAGCCAAUAUAUAUACUCUCUCUAGUUUUUUUAUAUGACGUUGGCUAGUUCAGAUUUAUACUAGCCAACGUCAGACAUAUAUGUACGGAGGUAGUAAUAGAUUAGUUAUAAUGUUGGCUUUAAUUUUUCUUCUCCACUCUCUCUCACUUAUGCAUUUAAUAUAUUUGUUUUGAAUUAAUUUUUCUUCUCA